AUGAACGAUGUGACCGUUGAGCUCUCUACCGCACCUGUACCACCCGGCAAAAGAAGCGUGGCAACCUUUUCUAGGACGAUGCCAUUCGGAGCGUUUGAAUGGGAUGAAAGUGACGAAAUCUCUGGCUUGGAUGGCUCACCGAACACUAGUGAGCUUCAUGAGAGUGGUUCUGGAUAUUUGGGAAACGUUUCUAGCGCAGCUUUUCUCCAUGUGGCCGGCAUAUCUUUCGCUUCGUUGGAAAUACUGCCUUCUUCUCCCACAAGCAUUGGCGAAAUUAGUGCCGGCAUGGAGCGACUCGACACCUAUAUCAACGCAUAUUUUAGUGUGUUCCAUACGUCCUACCCGAUCUUACACGAAGCGACAUUUCGUGCUCAGCAAGUGGAGAUCAUUGCUCGCCCACCACAGGUACUAUGGCAGUCACUCACAUACAUCGUGGCUGCGAUCGGCGCCACUGCGACUGCCUCCGACCGUACUCUCCAUCAGUCAUAUUUCAAGACGGCAAAGUUGGCACUUACGAUCAAUAUUCUCGAAUGCGGUAACAUGACAACUGUGCAAGUUCUGGCCCUUUUUGCGCAAUAUCUACAGAAGAGUGGCAACAAGCCGAAUCAGGCGUAUAAUUUUAUAGGACUAGCUCGGCGGAUAGCUUUAUCCCUUGGUCUACACCGCGAAGUCCCAGAUUCAUCCAAUAUCAACACGAACGCGUGGAAGAUCGAAAAUCGCCGAAGGGUUUGGUGGUGUCGUUUCGUUCUUGACUUCGAGAUGUCGCUUACGUUGUCGAGGCCGAUAGAACUCCUACAAGGGGCGGACGUCCAGAUCCCGCUCAACAUCCUCGAUGAGACUCUCACGAUGACCGCGACACAGAUGCCGGAGGAGGUGCUGGAGACAACAAUCUACACCGGCCUCAUUUGCCAGGCCCAAUUCAAUGUCGCUAUAGCGGACAUUUACAAUUGUCUCUUAGACGAGGACAAUCCAGCUGCCGAACAAGUGAUCGCAGCAGAUGACGAGAUGAUUCGAGGCUGGUCUGCAAGUUUGCCGCCAUUCUUUGCCGAGCAUAUGCCACAAGAUCCCAAAUUUGUGCUGUCUCAUUCGAUCUUGCAUCUGAGGCCCUGGAACUUUCGAAUUGUUAUGUACCGUCCCUCCCUGAUCCAAGCAAUGGAGGCUGCUUCGACAAGCUUAGCGUCUCCACCAUCAAAAGCCUUAGAUGCCAUCUUCAGCGCGGCUUGUCGCUGUCAAGAGGCGGCCAAGGAAACCAUCUCGAAAGUUGAUGCAGUCAUGCCGUAUCUUCCGAAGACCCAGCUGGCGUCUUGGUACAUGCUAUGGUUUCUCUUCCAAGCAGCAGUUAUUGCCGCUCUUUCUUUACGGGACUGUCAAGAUGCUGCCGAGGCUGAGCAAUGGCGAAAUCAGGUCGAUUGUACUGUGCGGCUCAUGAGAACCAUUGAAUGCUUAGUUUCUAAAGCAGCCCGGUGUGUGCAAAUAGUCGAAAAUGUUGUGCUUUCACGGUCAGCACAGCCUAUAGACUUGGACUUAGGGGAAAUUCCUUCUGCGGACUUUGAUGCCGACUUCAAUGAGAUGGGGAUCAUGUUCAAUUCAAGCCUUCCAGAUCAAUUUGGCCACACCGACCUCAUCGACUGA